UUUGCUGGUUUUGUUUUGAAGUUUUAAUUUAAGAGAGGCAAUCCCACACGCUUUCAACAAACCAGACAUAACCAAAGAAGGGGUUUUGCCCUUCAAUUCCUGUGUAAAGGAACCUGCUUAGUGCUUACUGUGUUCCCUUACAUUCCCUUCCCAAAUAUGUUAACAUCCUUCUCAACAUUGCGAUCUCCUUGCUUUCUGGGCUCACCAUAACAUCUUAAGCCCAACACAUUAUUCUUCUUAUUCCGGAAUCCUAUCUUGUACUAGCUAUUUAUUUGGUGAUUCCUCAUCAUCCGCAUGCAUAUGCAAAUGGACGCAAUGGCAAAAACAAGAUCUCUCGCGAAGCUAACCGGCAAGUUAGUUAACGAGGCGGUUAGCUUCGUGACGUUUUGCGUGCUCGACCUCAUUGAUUUCAUUCUUUGUUUCGUCUUCAAAGCAAUGGACUUGUUGAUGGAAGCUGAGUGUAAGCCCUGCUACUGCUCGCCGACGAAGGAAGCCAUAACGAGCAGCGGCAAGAUCUUGGUGUCGGAGCACGGCGGCGAGUCGACCAAGAUAGUUUCUCUGAGCUCCACAAACAAAUUACAGCUGGAAGACAUCUCGGAUACACUCUAUUCAAGGCCUUCUUUGGUGUCGGAGAUUUCUAGAUUAACGCUCAAUGAAUUGAAGAGGCUUAAGUUGGAGGAGCCACUAUUGCAGAACAAGAAAAAUGGGAGUAGUGCUACAACUACAACUACUACUACUUCCACUACAAUAGUGGAGAUGCUUCAAGGCAAGAUUGAUAAUCCGGUUACAAGGUGGUCGGAUUGUGAUUGCAAAUUUUGCACAAGUUGGAUCUCAUCUUCUUCUCCAACUAGUAAUAAUAAUAGUAAAGCCACCCUCUUUGUUAUGGCUCAAGGCCCUAGUAGAGGUACAACACGAGAAGAUGUGUUGUUCAUACAUGGGUUUAUAUCAUCGUCGUCGUUUUGGACAGAGACGCUGUUUCCGAACUUCUCGACGGCAGCGAGAUCAAGCUACCGGCUAUUGGCGGUGGAUCUGUUAGGGUUUGGACAGAGCCCAAAGCCUAGCGACUCGCUAUACACGCUAAGCGAGCAUUUGGAAAUGAUAGAGAGAUCCGUGUUGGAGUCGCACAAGGUCAAAUCAUUUCACAUCGUAGCACACUCUUUAGGCUGCAUAUUGGCCCUUGCCCUCACCGUUAAACACCCUCACUCUGUCAAGUCCUUGACUUUGCUUGCCCCACCAUACUAUCCAGUGCCAAAGGGAAUAGCACAGGCAACACAGUACGUAAUGAGGAAGGUAGCACCAAGGCGCGUGUGGCCACCGAUGAAGUUUGGCGCGUCGUUGGUGUGCUGGUACGAGCACAUAACUCGCGUAAUUUGCUUGCUUAUUUGCAAAAACCACCGUCUCUGGGAAUUUCUAACCAAACUCGUCACUCGAAACAGGGUUAGGACUUUCUUGCUUGAAGGGUUCUUUUGUCACACACAUAACGCAGCGUGGCACACACUACACAACAUCAUAUGUGGGACCGCGGGGAAGAUUGGAUCAUAUUUGGAUAUAAUAAGAGAAAAUGUGAAUUGUAAAGUUACCAUAUUUCAUGGAAGAGAUGACGAGGUUAUACCAAUUGAAUGUAGCUAUGAAGUCCAAAAAAGGAUCCCUCGUGCCAAGGUCAGAAUCAUUGACAACAAAGAUCACAUUACCAUAGUUGUUGGAAGACAGAAAGCUUUUGCUAGGGAGCUUGAGGACAUUUGGGGCACAACAAAAAAUUAACAAAAAAAAAAAAAAAACUAGAAAAAUUCUCAAAUUAAGCUGCAUGGAGUGUGCUAAUGCACUAAUCACCAGCAGCGUACCUUUGAUUGAGUUUCGGUUGUAAUU